GCCUUGCCUGCGAGAGAGGCUGGGAGGCAACUGCAUCUGUCUGUGCACACAAAUGCUCUCUGUGCAGCUCGGAGCGCACUGAUUACCAUUCCGAGCACAGCACCUCUGGUCAGAAAUGGAGCCGGGUCGGUGGUUGACAGUAGUCCGGGGGCAGUAAGAAGAGGAGGAGGGUGGAGGAAGAGAGAGAGAGAAAGAGAGAGAGAGAGGAGAGGAGAGAGAGGGGGGGGGGGGCAUAUUAUGGCAGCAACCUUUCAGUCAAUCUGGAUUAACUCGCAGUGAGCUGUGCGUCGCCAGGAAAGGGGGGAAAGGAAAAAAAACGCGUGAAAGCGAUAGGAACAUCUGGCUGGAUUCAGAGCAGCAGCAGCGGCAGUCACUCAUAGCGCUGCUGCUGCUUGUGGAUAUUCAAGCAAGCCCUGUCGCUACAAAAGGCGUUUUCUCUUCUGGAGGUGCAUACAGGCGGAUGCGCAGUAGAGGCGAUCCCGCACAGCUGCAGCCCCUCAGCGGCACGCCGGGACGCUUCAGGUUGCGUUUUCCCCGAGAAAAGCGUCACCGAUUUUUCCCACUAAAAGAAGAAGAGACGCUGAUCUAUUUAUAAGGUGAGACGGGAUCGGAGAGGAGUACGUCCUUUAUCUGCUGCUCAUGGAUUUCUUGAAGGGCAUCGCUGGUUUCGCAGGCCGUCACAUGUUAUAGGAGCCGAGGCGCGUGUUUCGGGACACCUGAAUUAUCUCACAGUCGGUCCCAUUUUUAAGGCAAAGACGCUCUCAGGAUGCUCCGUGGAGGAAAUACGCGCAAACACACCCUCCUUUGACUUGGCUUCAUGUUUCAUCUGCAAGGUAAUUUCAAUAUUUUUACAUCUUCCUCUCCUGCCUCUGCUCAACUCUCAUCGUUGACUUCAAGUACUUUUCUCGGCACCCAUCUGGAAAGGUUCAGGUUCUUCCUCGUGACAGGGGGUUGUGGCUGUAACCCACCAGCCCAGGACCUGCACCGCAAGGUCAAAAAAAUUCCUCAAUUGCACAGGAACGCUGUCCGAUGAUAACAAUUGUAUCAUUUGUAUUCACAUGGCUGCAUCCUGUGUUGUGUUUUUUUUUUAUCUCUCCCUACAGGUGAAAGUGAGAAUCAUCCCUAAUGUGGCCAUUAUUCAACCCGCUCUGUGAUCCGUGCAGGAUAUGAUUGAUGUCAGAUGUUGCUUUGUUUUAUUGUGUGUUUUAUCAGCACGCAGGAUCCCAGUGAUAGGCUAUCUAACUGCUCUGUGCUGUGCUUAAGCCACUAUGCAAAUUACACAGCAGUCAUUAAGGUGUGAUAAAGUCUAAAUUAGCCCAAGUAACACAUCUGAUUAUAGGAUGAGUGAGUGGGCAUGUGGUGACUGAUGGAGACCCAGUGAUUUUUCUUACAAAGCAUGGAGUCUAAUGGUCCUGGUCUUGUGUCGAGUGUUAGUUAUCACAUAUCUUAUUAUUCAUGAGUGCCUGAGGCACCAUUGUAACAGCUACACCAGUGAAAUCAGGCCCACGCCUCAUUUUGCUGCUUCUGUUUGCUCUCCAUGCUAUGUUAAUGCUCUCAGUCAUGUAGCUUAUGUGCUGCUACCUUCACUGAUAGCAGGCUCUGAUAUGUAUGGAAGGUUGUUCUGCAGACCAGCUCCACAUUCGCUGACCCAAUUUUUUUUCCCACUCGCCAAAAAUAAGCUUUUGUCAUUUUUUUCUGCAGAAGAAGUGCUUUCAAAGAGACUUGAAACACUUGAGGGUUGUUUUUGACAGUCACAGACUUUAACACACACACAAACACACACAUCUGGUCCACAUCUGUGGAUGUGUGUGAGUUGCUUUUUGAUUACACAACAAAAUAAGAGGAAAAGAUGAUGCAUUAUUUAGCCGUUUUGUUGCUGUGUGAGGAGGAAAACACAGCAACCUGAGGGUCUUUGAAAAGGGGAAAAUGACUCAAUGGAUGCCUGACUAUGGGUUUUAUUUUGGCAGUUUUUAUUCCCCUGCAUUUAUUUUGUUACAUGGAAUAAAAGCCCAUGUAACAGAGCAUAGUGUUUGCACGGAUUGUGCUUUCCUCUUCGCCUGAAAUUGCACUCAGGAACUGGCAGAUUUGAAAGUCUACAGACCUGCGGGCCCAUACUGUGAAGAAUAUACACUUGGGUCUAUCAUAUUGAUAUUCCGAGGUAGUGUGCGUGGAUCCUAUAUUCCUCUUUCCGGGAGAAAAUCCCGGGUCAUAAGCCCCCCUCGCACAUCAGGGCACGUCACACCGCUGCAAGAAUUAAGAUCCAGAGUCAGUGAUCAGCAUUUCAAUUGGCCUCCUGCUGUAACACAAGCCUGCGUGUAAAAAAAAGUGUGUGUUUUUUCCCUGUGUGUGUGUUUGUUUGCUGAUUUGUUGGACUGAUGCUUCAUGAGAUCUGCGGCAUAUCAAGGUAUCAGAGAAUUUCCUGUGAUAGCGUGUGAAGGAAAACACUUGGACCUCCAAGGGGGAGUUGUAAAUGCUGAUGAACAGCACUUCUAUUGAUGCAGUGGGGUCUGCUUAGUAUGCUAUCCCCCUGGCAUGCACACACACACUCACACACACACACAUUCCCACACAUCAUUUCAACUUCAUCAGAGUUCUACGUCCACUCGUUUGGGUUUUUAUUAGACUGGAACACAGUAAUGAUUCAGUCACUCCAAACAUUGAAUCCAAUAGAAAAUUAGCUGAAUGUACAAUCUCUUCUCUCCUCAUCACAACAGGCUCAUAAACGCCACAAUGAGCCCGCUCUGGCUGACAACCAGGACCUCAAUUGUCGAGGCCCCCUGUCUUCCAAAGAGGCCUCUUUGUUGGAAAUGUUAUUAGGUGAUCUGAAAAUGAGCCACUGAUUAUAUCUCACCCUAAAACUGACGUUUUUCUGUGUUGCCAUGGCAUCAAGGCUGUCACCCAAGAGCUAUCGCACUCUAACAUUGGCAGACUCUGCAGGAAAAAAAAAAAGGGUGUCACAGCACAUGCACACAUUCACAAACACAGAUGUGUUAGUGAGACGGUCCGUAACUGCAUCAAUGUUUGGUCAGGAUGUUUGGACUCGGGCUACACGAGCAUUUAGCCGACAAAAUGGAAUCUCAGUCAAAAUAUGAUCCACUCCGGCAGAUGCAGCAGCUCCAUUUGGUCUCAUAAAGCAAGCGGGCUGAGGACCCAUUUCACUGCUUUGUCGAUACCAUUUUACCGUCAUGUUGCAGCAUCAGUUUACCUCCUUGACACAACAGAGCCUUUUAUUCCUGGCGGAGGCGCACGUCCGGCUCGCUCCCCACCCGUAGUAAACCAGGUGAGACGCCGCACGCUCAGGUGCCGCCAUGUGCCAUCGUGUCAACCUGCGAGGAGGCAAAACGAGCAGACUUCAUCUCAUUAACUCUGCUGCUUUUCCCUGAUUCCCUUCCCAGACGUGGAUUGCAGAGGCUUCCUCAGAUGAGCUCCAGCAUAAGUUAGACCAUCUGAAAACAUAUCCCCCAUGACCUCACCGGCCGAUUGGCAUGCAGUGUGCUGCAUAAGGCUUUUCUCUGAGAAUGCUGCCCCAGGGAGAGCAUAGAUAUCCUCUCCUUUCCUACAGUACAACAUCACUGUUGCUACUGCUGCUGCUGCUGCUGCUGCUGCACAUGAAUGUCUGUCUCCAUUGCUGGAGGUUGUUGUGUAGUGAGCUACCUCUAUUAGGUACAAAUCCACCCACUGGAGCGCGUGUGUGGGUGUGUGCUGUCAGUCUGUUGUACUCUCUAAGGGCCAAAAAAGACCUGCUCAGAGGUAGUAAACGAAUAUUUGAUUGACUAAGAGGGAGAUUAUGGUAAAUGCAUCAGUAGAUUAUCUGUUUUCUUGUUUAUUUGUGGCCCUCCCAAGUCGCCCCGCUGUAAUGAACAGCCCAACAUGAAAGAUAAUGAUUUUCUGGGGGUGUGACAUUUAAAGAUGAAGUGUAUGAUUGAUGAAUGCAUUGAUUGAUUAUCUACUUAUUCGUCCCUGUACCUGAUGAGUGCGACCUGUUAUGCAAAUCACCAGUGGAACAACCAUAAUUAAAUGCAAAUUAGAGAGAGAGGACAGCAGAUAUUUCCUUGUGAGGAGCCGUCCUUUGCCCCUCACAGGUUGGGAUUACGGUUGCAACUCUUCUCUUCACGUCUGGCUGAGUUUUGAGCAGAGAGAGAGAGAGAAAAAAAAAAAGGCCCAAUCUCCACCGAGUGAAUCAAUAUCACGUCUUCAGCGUCAUUCCAGUGUGGAAGUAGCAGGUCCUGUCUGCCUCAUUGCACAUCCAGAGGCCGUGCAGUUUAGAGUCAGAGAGGAAGGUGGUUAGCAGCGUGAGCGUGAGGCCUCUCCUCGGAUGCGCACACACAUAAAAGAGAUAAAAAGUUGCCACUCAGGUACUUGGAGGACUGCACAUAGCUCUGCAGCUGAAAUCAUCUGCCAUCUUAAAGAAGACUCAUGGCAACAUUUAAAAAAAACGACUCUGUGCAGCUCUGCACCCCGGAUGACAUCCACCACAACGGGGCUCAUGUGUGACUAAGUUGUUCCUUGUGAAAAUGGGUCAAGAAAGACAUUGAUUCAUUGCUGCUUGAUCAGCAGUCUUCAUGAAAAUGUCACACCCAGGGAGCUCCCCUACAAUGAUUCCAUCCCUCCCUUUAAUAUUACAGGCCGUUUUCAGACGACCUCUUCCCAGCCUCCUUGUCGGGUGGCUGUGAAACAUUUUACUUGGUUGUCAAAACGCGCCUGUUGUCAGCUGAUGGCACCCGGCUUCCUAAGCUCCCCUCCUUGAGCUGAAAAUGUGCCCCCAUAUGACAAGCAUGUCACUCCCAUCCUGUCUGGUGUUUUCUUUGCUCGAUGAUAUAUUCCUCAUAUACUCUGACUGUCAAGGUUAUUACACCUCGAGUUGUGUGUCACGGCUCCGAUGCAACGGGAGCUUUUUGAAGCAUGAAGACACUCAUUUGGCAAGCUCUCUGCUGAGGCGAGAUUUUUUUUUAUAUACGCACACUCUCUCUAAGACGCAAACACAGACAAUAAAGGCAUUACCAGCAAACCACAGAAAGCUAUGAUCAUAGAUCAGCUGUUCUCUUUGGUAUUUAAAGGUUAGCCGUUGGAUUUUUACUACAGUUGUGGGAUUGGAUCUCUUGUUCUUCGGUUUGAUUGGAUUGUUGAUCUUUUUUCUGCGCUUGAAUAUUUCACGUUGAAACAAAACGGCACUAAAUUUCCUCGCUAAAAAUAAUCACAGCUCUCGCUUGAGUACACCUGCUGAGCUGCUAUCUGAUCUCCACUGUCUUACUUUUAUGACAUGCUAUAUCCCUGACAAGGUCUCGGGAUUCAUCAAAUGGAUCCCGUCCUUAUCCCCCCCAUCUCAGCUGUGUCAUAAGUAAGAGUAGCAGCAGAGAGAGCAGAGAGAAAAUCAAUAGCGAGGCACAGCACAUCCUCGCCGAGGCACUGGGCCCAAUCAUCCCCUUCCUAUUGGCGAUAUGAUCCUGGGAGAUAUCAGUCUAAUUCUGAUGAGGCCCUGGACUGCCGGUCUAGACUUUCAUCCCUCUGUACACAAACAUAAAAGGACUGGUAUUAUCAUUUCAAAAAAAGAGCGGCGAGGGGGGAACAGGGGCUAAAAAGAAAUGCUGUCAGAGAAAUCACGUAAGAUUACCGGGGAUGUUUCACUCUCAAGUCUGCAGGUGACUAAUUAGAUUCAUGUCUAAUUGCACAGUGUUCAUUGUUUGUUCAGGCAUUAACUCUCCUUGCUGCCUGCUCGGAAUUUGGACUCUUUGUAAGUCUCAGCAGUGAGCUGGCAUUGAUACUGUUUCAUAUCUGGUGGGAAAGCUUUAAAUUGACAGAGCAGAAUACCCCGGUUCCCUUCUCAAGGAGCCCGUGUGUGAUUAUCCAGCUACAGAAUUUACAGUUUGAUAAAGAUGAGAGGAGCUACAAUAGCAGAUUUCACGCUUUGCCUUCUUUAACUGCUUGAUAAAUAGUCUGCCCUUCUUUUUCUCUCUUUCCUCUUUGAUCUGUUCCAGGUGUUUUAACCUGACUGAAAAGCCAAAUGGAGUCUCUCCUGGUUUAUCUGAUUGUCUUUGGUGUGGCGGUGAAGGCGCACAAAGUUCAGAUCUGCCCCAAACGCUGCGUCUGCCAGAUGCUUAACCCGAACCUCGCCACUCUGUGCGACAAAAAGGGUCUUCUCUUCGUGCCCCCCAACAUUGACAGGCACACUGUGGAGAUGCGGCUUGGAGAUAACUUUGUAACCAGCAUCAAACGCAAAGAUUUUGCAAACAUGACCAAGCUGGUGGAUCUGACUCUCUCCAGGAACACUAUCGGCACCAUCGCGCCUCACGCUUUCAAGGAUCUGGAAAACCUCCGGGCGCUUCACCUCGACAGCAACAGGCUUACCCGCAUCACCAAUGACACCUUCAGUGGCAUGUCUAAGCUCCAUCACCUCAUCCUGAACAACAACCAGCUCACCCACAUCCAGAUCGGGGCCUUCAAUGACCUGACGGCGCUGGAGGAGCUGGACUUAUCCUACAACAAUUUGGAAAGCGCUCCGUGGGUCGCAAUUCAGAGGAUGUCCAAUCUCCACACGCUCAAUCUGGAUCACAACAUGCUGAGCUACAUCCCAGAGGGAACCUUCUCUGGGUUGCAGAAGCUCAAGAGGCUGGACGUGACCUCCAACAAGCUCCAGAAGCUUCCGCCUGACCCCGUCUUUCAAAGAGCGGGGGUCCUGGCCACCUCUGGGAUCAUGGGGCCCUCGUCGUUCGCUUUGAGCUUCGGAGGGAACCCGCUCCGGUGUAACUGUGAACUGCUCUGGCUCAGGAGACUGCGAAGGGAGGACGAUCUGGAGACCUGUGCGUCACCUCAACACCUGGCUGGACGCUAUUUCUGGACUGUUUCGGAAGAAGAGUUCCUGUGCGAGCCUCCUCUCAUCACCAGGCACUCUCAGGUAAAAACCCCGAACACUCACUCCAAAUACUACACUCACACAGACAUCAUUUUCCGUCUCAUUUAAUCCAAGGUGGUAUGUUGUGCUUUCUUUGACUGUCACAGCAAAUAUUAGCUCUGCUACUGAUCCGAAAGAGUCUCACAAGACUUUUGGGACUCAUCCGGGCAACUCGGCAAACCCAAUAAUGUAAAAUAUAUAGGGUUUGCUAAAAAAAAUGUAAUCAAAUUGUGGCCUAUGGAGGGCUUUUAAAGAAGUUCUUUAGCGGGAUUUCCAGUUUCAAUAAAGCUAUUUGCAGGUUUAUGAUGGAUCCCCUGUGAAGCUCUUAUUACACAGUGAAAGCUUCGACUGCUUUAGCCUCAGAUUCAUGCAUCCAAACAGAGUUAUCUGAUCAAAUCUCACCAAAUAACUACAACUAUGUCAUCACAUUAACAUUCAGUUGACAUCUUUUGCAUAAUUGCGGGGAAAAUUAUCCAUCAUCUGCACCGCACUGUACUGUCAUAUUGAUUAUCCUGGCCUCAUAAUUAUGCUAAUUCAAUAUCGUGACAUAAUCAAUUGCUGAUUAGCCUAUGUUUACAGGGAAUGAAGUUUUAAAGCAAAACAUCACAAAUAUGAAAGUUAAUUAUGUUAUCUCAGUUAUGCAGAGUGUUUCACUUCAAGCAGAAAUGACUGUUAAGAGAAACUGUUUGUCCAGACUGGCAUCUUUUUUUUCCCCCAAUCAGUGUCUGUCAUUAUUAAGCAUAUGCAAAACUAACAGCCCUCCCUCUCCCUCCUUAGGAGCUGCGAGCUUUAGAGGGUCAGAGCGUGACCCUGCGCUGUAAGGCCAGAGGCGACCCCGACCCCAUUAUCCACUGGAUAGCCCCUGACGGACGCCUCAUGUCCAAUUCCUCCAGGGCGGCUGUCCACACAGACGGCACUUUGGACAUCCUCAUCAGCACCGUCAAGGACUCCGGUCUGUUUACACCCUGGUGGCUGCGCUUGUGUUGUUUACUGAAUGAAAUUAGUUGUUUGCUUGUGCGGGCUGAAGACUAUGAGGCUGAAGUAUUUGCCUACAUCAGGCUGAUAAAGUUUAGAGUCGGGGGAGUGUUGGCUCACGGUGAUUGAGGUCACAAAGGAAGGAAAAAAGGACUUUUUCACCUUGUCGGCUGCCAAGUUUCUGUUAUAGACAUCUGUGUACAAGCCUGUACUUUCUGACACUUGAAUGCUACAGUGGUUAUAUUUACACAUACAACACUAUUAUCACAACAUAGUAAUACUACACUUUGACACUUUGGGAAAUACACUUCUUUGCUUCCUAGCUGUGUGUUAGAUGAGAAGAUUGCUACCACUCUCAUAUCCGUCCAUUAAAUAUUAAGCUGCAGUGCAGCCAGCAGCCAGCCAGCAAGCUUAUCUUAACAGGCUGUAAACAGAGAGAAACAGCCAGCCUAUGUAUUACUAAAAUGUAUUACUCCAGAGAAAUACUGCCCCUGAUAAUAAUUUUUUAUCUUGUGCACACAAGAUAAAGACUUCCGGGACUCCGCACGGUCUCAAAAAUGUCAAACUUUAACUAAUAUUUGAUAAGAUAUUUUUUUUUAGUGCAGCUUAAAAAAACAAGUUUUCUCCACGGCACUUUUUUAAUAUUUCCCCUUAAAUAUCAGGGUGAUCUGAUUAAUUUGUGUUGCAGGUUCCUUCACCUGUGUGGCCUCCAACCCGGCAGGCGAGGCUCAGCAAACGGUGGAUCUGGUCAUCGCCAAACUUCCGCACAUCACCAACAACACAGUGGCAGAGCAGGAGCCCGACCCCGGAUCGUCGGAUAUCGCCACCGUGACCAAGACGGGGUCAGAGGCGGGAGGGCUGCCGCUGGGCAACGCGAAGACGAGCCAAGAGAAGAAAGUAGUCAUCGCCGAGGCCACGUCCACCUCAGCCCUGGUCAAGUUUAACUUCCAGAGGAGUAUCCCCGGGAUACGCAUGUUCCAGAUCCAAUAUAAUGGCAGCUACGACGAUUCCCUGGUUUACAGGUAAACAGAAAGAGCUGAUCUGUUCAUAUUGUAGUAGUGAUUCUAUAGAAUUGAUGGUGAUUCUGUGCAACUAAAUGAGAAAAUGAUCACACUUCACAAAUAACUUCUGAUGAAUGAUAAGGAACACAAUGCCAUUAAACCUGGCCGUUCAAAAAGUUAAAAAAAAGGAGGAUGGCAGUGAUGGGAGCGCUGAAAUAAAGGCUUUAAGUAGAGGGUCGAGUGACCUGAAGUUUAAUGUCACAAAAGGUGUUUUUAGACCAAAGAGUUCUGUAGACUUUCUGAAGAGGAACUAUCCACUUGGGAAUUCCCAGAGAACUACACACCGGGGGGACUUUUUACUGUGUAACGCAGAAGAGGAUCUUUGCACACCUGACUGGGUGACAAGUGCAUUGUGCAAACCAAAUUUAGUCAAAAAGGAGAGCGCUGCACACUGUCUGGCUUUUACACUAAAUUUGACUUUUUACCGUCUGCAGUCUGGUGAAGGCAGAUAUAAACCUUAAGUGACCUUAGCCUCCUGACAGCUGCUAAAGCUACGCUGCUAAUGUGGCUCAACUGAAGAUACCGAGAACGCCAUGGGUGGAGCAGUUCAUGAAAAAUAGCAGAAUAAAAAUAAUUAGAUAAAUAGUGUUUUAUAAACACUCGGUAAAAUCUGGACUUCAUUGUCGGUCCAUUCAUCAGUGUUGUUCCUCUAUUUUUAACACCUUUGAGAGCUGUUACAGUUAUUUACUGUUAUUUUGAUAAUGUUUACUGUAGGAUUUAAAAAUUGUUGAUGGCGCUGAAUUGAUAAAAUUUUCAACCAAUCAACAUACAAUGCUCACUUAUGCACUCAGGUCUCUCAAAGUCCCUCUUGAGCUGAAGGAGUUCAAACUUCCUUUGGUUUCAUCAGCACUAAAGUAGAGGGUUUGUGUAGUUUCCAGGACUAUGAAAAAGUUCGGUAACACUUCAUUUAACGCCUAUCUUACUAUUUUAGACUAACUGUCCUUUUAGCCUUUGUUUUACUUUAUUGCUUUUUUCUGCUCAUUUUUAUUAUCCCAUUUUAUCACUAAUAUUACCAUCAUUAUUAUUAUUUUAUUAUCAUUAUUAAUAUCCUCUUUUAUAUUUACUAUCCUGUUUACUGCUUUCUGCCCCCCUUUUCUAUUACAUUUCUUCUUCUUACCUAUUUUAUGUUUUUAUUUUGGUCCUCAUGGUCUCAUUUUAUGUUAUGGGUUCUUGUAUUGUCUGCGUUUCUUAUGAAAAAUGAAAUUGACCUUCAAUUCGGAGCUUUUGUUUUUAUUUUCAUGAGCUGAUGUUCUGUGCUUUGCUACUGUUUGUCAAAGCACUUUGUAAACUUCUGUUUUCAUUAUCAUUACUAUUAUCUCUAUUAUUAUCUCUAGAAUUCAUUAAAUAUAUUUAUAAUGCGUUAUAAUCACGUUAUAGCACUGUAAAAGUAUAGUUAUAAACACUUAAACAUCAUAAUGCUUUAUAGCAAAAAUAAUAACACAUUAUAAAGCAUUUUAUUAUGACCUACAAGGUCAGGUAUUAUAAUGUGUUAUAACUGUUAAUAACAGUUGUAUUGCAUUAUCUAUGUGGGCAUUGUCAGUGAGUUGUUAACAGUUAUAACACAUUAUAAUACCUGACCUUGUAGGUCAUGAUAAAAUGUUUUAUAAUGUGUUAUGAUUAUUGCUAUAAAGCAUUCUGAUCAUUUAUGAGUGUUUAUAACUAUACUUUUACAGUGCUAUAAUGUGAUUAUAACACAUUAUACAUAUAUUUAUAAUGCGUUAUAGAGAUAGGUGUCAAAUGAAGUGUUGCCAAAAGUUCCUGUGGUCUAAAACUGCCUCAUGUCUACCUCUGAGUCUAGGAUGAGCGCUAAUAAUAAACUCUAAAUGAAGGAGCUCAUUUUCUCAAACAGUAAAUAACCCGAAAAUCUAUAUCAGAGGUAACAGAGGUAUGCAAAUAAACCUAAGCUGAUUGGAAUCAUAUGAAAGAAAAUCCCUUGGCCCGCGUUUUACCUUUAUAUUAUUCUUAAAACGCUGAAAUCCCUUUGAGUAUUCAGUCACGAUGAUGUAGACCUGGCUGUCUACAUGAUUAUUCGUGGUGUCUAUCAAGCCUAUCUAGAAGAUGGACUAAUGCACUCUAUCUGACUUCUUAUUCUUGGACUCAUAAUCCCCCCCGCCCUCCCCUCGCCCCAGUGUAUCAUUUACUUUGUGCAAAACCUUGAUAAUGCUUAAUCAACAAAAUCAAAACAGAGUGUCAGCAUUAAGCAGUGGGCUGAUAGGAGAUGAAAGACUAGUCAGGCUGUGUUUUACAAAAAAAAAAAAGCAUCAGAGACGUCGCACAUGCCCAUCUGAGAAACUGGCGCGCACAGAUUUCUUUCAUCUUCACCCUCUUUCGCUCCAUAUUUACUGCUAAUCGCCGGGAUGUGAUCGGAUCGUCACAAAGACUCCCAUUUAGGAAGGGGAACUUGGAAGUCAACCACCAUAUGUUUUUCAGGAGCGAACACUAAAUUCAGGAGACAGUAGAGGGUUAGAGACUCUAAUCCUAAUGUGCUAAAAAAUGAGGCAUCCUGCAUCCUCCCCAGUGUGAGUGAAGCUUUUAUCAGUAAUGAUGCUGGAGAGAAUAAAUCAAAUGUCAGAAAAGAUUAGGCCCGGACAGAUCUUAAAUAGCCCUGUGAGGGAUAAGUGAUUGUCAUGUCAUUUUAUCCCUGCUAAACAAUAAGCUGCAUAAUCUGAUUUGCUUCUGUCUCCUUUCAUUUAACCCUCUCUAAUCUUCGUCAGAAAUCACAAAAUCUUCUCUUUCAUUUCCACAGAAUGAUCCCCCCGUCCAGUAAAAGCAUCAUGGUGAACAACCUGGCCGCAGGUACGCACUACGACCUGUGCGUGCUGGCUAUCUACGACGACCAGGUGACGGCGCUGACCGCCACCCGUGUCAUUGGCUGUGUCCACUUCACCACGGAGCCGCAGUACCUGAGGUGUCAUUUCAUGCAGUCCCAGUUUCUUGGCGGUACUAUCGUAGUUAUCAUCGGAGGGAUUAUAGUGGCCUCGGUGCUCGCUUUUAUCAUCUUCCUCAUUGUGCGCUACCGGGUGUGUAACCAAGGAGAUGCAGAUAAGGUCAGCUUGGCUUGAUUACCUUUGUGUAUUAUUCUUUCCCUUCAUUAUUUCCGCUCAAAUUGAAACAGAAUCAACCGCAUUGUACAUCUGUUUUAAUGCUUUAGUGGGAAGUCUAAUGCUGUGAUGACAUGCAGUAUGUUAGAUUGCAUCCAUCUUCUCUCUCCUCACACUCUUUCUUCUCAUCUGCUGUCCUGCCAGGCUCUAGAGAUGGGGGAUAUUCGCUCUCUGAGCAGCGAUGGACAGCUACAGGGCUGUGGGAUCCCAAAGUCUCUCUCCAAGCAGGUCCUGCGUCCAGAAAAGAGUGACAAGGACUCCCUGAGAGUCGCCCUACCACCCCCGGAGCCGGCCAAGCAGCGAGCACCAGUUGCCGCGGCGAACACCAAACCCACCGUCCCCGACUGCACCGUCUCCACCUCCGCUGCCAGUCACAGCUGGCACCCGGCCUCCCCGGGCGCUCCAAGGCCGAAACGUUCCGGCGCUCCAAAACCCUCCGAAGCCCGACGGAGUGAGGCGCUGGCAGACGUUGAGCUCGAGAACAUGAACCGGAAUAACUCCUCAAAGGUUAAAAUGGCCAACACUGCGGUUGCUCUGGCUAUUCCCGGGCAGCCUGUCAAAUGGACUGCAGCACCGCCGAGGGGUCCGCGGCCCCAUCAAGCAUCCCGUCAGUACAUGACUGUGCCUGCAGGAGGCGUGAGGGUGAAUCGCAGGCACUCUAUAAAUGCGGACUCUUACCAAGAGCGCUGCUAUGUGGCCUACCCCAAAACUGGGGCCAGCCUGCGCUCCAAGCGUAGCCUGUCAAUAAGCGGAGAGCUACCGCAGCUGGAAAGCACAACAAACAUUCAGCGGGCCAGGGACAAGCUCUCCAGGUCUGAGUGGCUGCUGGAGAGCACUUUAUGAUUUGGAGUUUACAGCCUGUGUUCUCUUGCUUUCUUGGAUUGGAUUUGUGGCCCGUUGUGAAACUGGGACCGGGGUUUUAUGCCUUCUUUUGAGCUUUUGCGCUCUCCGUUGAGGGACCUGUAAGCUACUCUCAUAUAUUUGGGGGCAAGGCAGGCGUUCAGGGUUAUGGGAAAGGUUUCACAUUUGUUUUCUACCUUAUAACCUAUCAAAGUCUUCUUUAUAACGGUCAAACUUUGAAGAAAGGCACAAAAAUGUAUAAAACAACUUCAUGUACAGAAAUGUUUCGUUGUGUGAGAUACUGUACAUCUCUGCACAACCAUUAGUGUUCAUGUGGUGUUGAAUGCAGUAACCUGGACAUACUGUAUUAUAACAAAGGAAGAAGCACACAGGUGGGAUUAUUAUACUCGCAUUCUCAUCGCCUGUUACUUAACGUGAUACAAUCUCUGUAGGCUUUGAACACGAUUCUUGUCUCCAGCUCUACAGUCAGACAGUGACAUGUCUUAAUUACCUUGGCGGUGGUUUGGAGAGAUUACGAAUGUGCUUUUACAUCCCUGAGGUGUUGGAACAGAAUGUAGUAGACAGACAGUCCUCCAUCUUUACAUCCCUACACCCCCAGACGCAGCACAAUGCAGUAUUUUUGUGGCACAAGUCGUUUUCAGCCUAAUACUGCCCUCGGGUUUCAAUCGAUGCAUUUUUAUCACAUAAUUACAUAAAGACUCCACUCUGAUAGGAUUCCUGUCGUGACUGAUUCAAGCGACAAUUGAGCCAACGACAACAGCAUGACAGGUGGGGGGGGGAGUAAUCUGGUAUCACCGUGGAUGAGAUCCAGAGGAACGGUUCAUUUACAUAUUUUUUACUUACUGACGUUAUCGUGUCACGCCGAUGACAACUGUUGUAAAUUAACUUGUCGAUGUAAGAGAAACGAUAAUCACAAGUAUGGGGAGGACGUCAGCUCUUGAUUUUGCUGUUGUUUCUGUUUGAUGUUUACCAGUAUAAAUAAACCAGUGAUAAAAGGGACACACUCAGACUUCUCUCAUUCUCCGCCUGUG